GUGCCAGAGUGUGGCGCUUCUAGAAGUUGGACAUUCCUUAAUUCUGGUAGCAAGUUAUACUAGUUGUACUCCAUGAUUAUCAUACAAUGGAGUUGUUAUACUAGGUGGCUUUUAUGGUGAAUAAUCACAUACAUCUUCUCGGGAGCAACUUCAUUUUAUGAUAUUACUAGUAAUAUUCACGUCGACAAAUCAUGAUAGUUUAUCGGUCAUCACCUCCACUGUUGUAAUAUUGUCCCGUGAAGAAUAAUUCUUUUUCUUAUUCUUCAAGUUUUCAUAACCUGAUCUAACCUUAUUCAGGACCUCUAACCUUGUCCUUUUUUCGCAUAGAUACACUUUGUCGGAAAAUUUUCUCGGCGUCGGUCCACACUUCUUGGUUUACUCAUCUCGUAUAGAAAUCUCUUUCACAACUUUGACUAUUUUCAAACAGUAGAUCGUCGUGAUUCAUAACAGGACGAGUUUUAUCAUGGUUGGAAUUUGAUUUCAUAUCUUGACUUUUUGCUAACACACUACUGCCGAAAAAUUUUCUUGGCAAUGUAUCACAUGUCUUCAGGGAUCACACGUUGUGUAUCGAUUUCUCGUAAAGCUGUCGCGCAUACGCGUCCUGGCUAGAUCGAGACCCGCUGAAAGUGAAACUUCACACAUUGUUUUUUCAUCAUGUAUGACACAUGCUCUUAGAUUGUCUUCUCUCUAGCACUUAUACGAUUUAGUACUGUUUGCGAAUCGCUACAUUUUUGAGAUGAGCACCUCCGUCUGGUGUCUGCGAAUCUAAGACUUCUCUGAAAAAAGAAAUCUAAGACUUUUUUUUUGAAAAUGAUGUACGACGACGAGUAUUAUUUAGCCAGCAGCAAGCGGAUGAGGAGCUUAAAACAAGGAGGCAGCAGGAGCAAUAAACGAGGAUGCACAGCUUUAGGCACAGCAUUCGUGUGGAGCUCUACUUUCCAGAGAGUGACGAGCCUUUCCAGAGAGUGAGUGUCGUGACUCCAUGAUAAUCUCUGCCGAUCCGGCGCUCGAGGCGCAGGACUGAGGCGGGAGCCUCAGCUGAAGCACACUGAAGUUGUACACAGUGAAUGCACUUAUGAAAGCAGCUCUGACGCCUGCAAUCGAAAUCGAAAUCAGGCGCUACUGGAAUAGAUUGCUAGGGCUCUACUACUGGAAUAGAUUGCCUAGGUUUAGGUCCAGCGACGCUCAAAGCACUAAAUAAAACAACCGGUUAGUUUUUACCUCUCAACCUUAGGCUUAUCCCAUGAAGCAAUAGAUUGCUAGGGCUCUACUACUGAAUUUCCCACUUAUAGAAAGCAGCUGAAAUGUAUGGUCUAUGAGGGUCGACCUUGUAAGCUACAGCUCGACCACCCAUAAGCAGAACGCUAACGCCUCGCAACAAUGCAUCUUCCUCGAUUCCAUAUAUGUCCGAAGUUUUUGAGCGUUGAAACCAAAUCUAAAGUGAGAUUGGUGAAACCUGUAAAAC